GACGGACGGACGGACGGACGGAUGCAGGGGUGCAGAAUGAUCUGGAAAGUGGCUGUGCUUCUCAGCCUGGUGCUGGGCACCAGCGCUGUUUCCAUCGGUGUGGAUGACCCUGAAGAUGGUGGCAAGCACUGGGUGGUGAUUGUGGCGGGCUCCAAUGGCUGGUAUAAUUACCGGCACCAGGCGGACGCGUGCCACGCCUACCAGAUCAUCCACCGGAACGGCAUCCCCGACGAGCAGGUCAUAGUGAUGAUGUACGACGACAUUGCCGGCUCUGACGAAAACCCCACUCCGGGUGUUGUGAUCAACCGACCCAACGGCACGGAUGUGUACAAGGGCGUCCUGAAGGAUUACACUGGGGAGGAUGUGACGCCAGAGAAUUUCCUCGCUGUGCUGAGAGGCGACGCAGAAGCUGUGAAGGGCAAAGGAUCUGGAAAAGUCCUGAGGAGCGGUCCCCGGGACCAUGUGUUUGUUUAUUUCACCGACCACGGAGCCACUGGAAUCCUGGUGUUUCCUAGUGAUGAUCUUCACCUCAAGGACCUGAACAAGACAAUUCACUACAUGUACAAACACAAAAUGUACCAGAAGAUGGUGUUCUACAUCGAAGCAUGCGAGUCAGGCUCCAUGAUGAACCACCUGCCCAAUGACAUCAACGUUUAUGCAACUACUGCCGCCAACCCUAGUGAGUCAUCUUACGCCUGCUACUAUGACGACGAGAGGAAUACAUACCUGGGUGACUGGUACAGCGUCAACUGGAUGGAAGACUCCGACGUGGAGGAUCUCACCAAAGAGACGCUUCAUAAGCAGUACCACCUGGUCAAGUCCCACACCAACACCAGCCACGUCAUGCAGUAUGGGAACAAAUCUAUCUCUACUAUGAAAGUGAUGCAGUUUCAGGGAAUGAAGCACAGAGCCAGUUCCCCCAUCUCUCUGCCUCCAGUCACACACCUCGACCUCACCCCCAGCCCAGAGGUGCCGCUCACCAUCCUGAAGAGGAAGCUGCUGAGGACCAACGACCUGAAGCAAUCCCAGAAUCUCAUCGGGCAGAUCCAGCGCCUGCUGGAUGCUAGGCAUGUCAUUGAGAAGUCUGUGCACAAGAUUGUCUCCUUGCUGGCAGGAUUUGGGGAGACUGCCGAGAGACUUCUGUCAGAGAGAGCCAUGCUCACAGCACAUGACUGCUACCAGGAGGCUGUGACCCACUUCCGCACACACUGCUUUAACUGGCACUCCGACACGUAUGAGUAUGCCUUGAGGCAUUUGUAUGUGCUGGCAAACCUCUGCGAGAAGCCAUAUCCCAUUGACAGGAUAAAGAUGGCCAUGGACAAGGUAUGCCUUAGUCACUACUGAACAGCUGCCUCCCCAGUGCUUCUUGAAGAGUGAGCAAGUUCUGCUGGAAUGUGUACCAACCAGAGACUGAAAGUGUGGAGUCAGAGGCAGUGCCGAAGUCCAGCCUCCAGGGGAAUGCUGCCAGCCCACCCUGGGCUCUCUCUCUGAAGCUACUUGUUUACUAAGGAGCCAAUUUGGGUGCUCUGGAGAAAGGAACUUUUGCUUCUUUGGAGGUUUUUGUUUUUUGUCCAUUAGCUUUCAAGAGCAAAUUCACUGGGGCUUCUGGAGCCAGUGAAGGAAUCUUCUGAGAAAUUCAAAGCUGAAACCUCUUUCCAUCUUCGCAGUGAUUUUUACAGAAGAGGGCUGAAAUCCCCUUAAGGAAGAAUUAAUUUUAGAAAAUAUGAUUUUUGAUUGCUUUUGUAUUUUAUUCUGUGGUAAUGGAUGUCUUAAAGUAAGUGA